UCAGUCUUAUUCAGGCAGUGCUACGAAUGGGUUGAUAAUAUUGAUAAGUUUCGAUAAAGCUGAUUGUUAAAGCAUUUCUUGUUUGAGAAUUAUGUGUUAACGUUCAUAUUUAGAUUUUUUAAUCUGUUUAAUGAGUGAUUUAUUCUUUUAAAAUGCGUGAAAUAGUGCAUGUACAAGCUGGCCAGUGCGGAAAUCAGAUUGGAUCGAAGUUCUGGGAGAUAAUAUCAGACGAGCAUGGCGUCGAUCCAUCGGGUUAUUACAAUGGUGAAAAUCCACUGCAGCAAGAGAGGAUUAAUGUUUACUACAAUGAAGCAUCGUCCGGAAAGUACGUGCCCAGAGCUGUUCUGGUGGAUUUAGAGCCGGGCACAAUGGAUGCCGUACGCUCUGGACCUUACGGCCAACUGUUCAGACCUGAUAACUUCGUGUUUGGACAGAGCGGUGCUGGUAAUAAUUGGGCGAAGGGACAUUACACAGAGGGCGCGGAGUUAGUGGACUCAGUGCUUGACGUCAUAAGGAAGGAAGCAGAAGGUUGCGAUUGUUUGCAAGGAUUCCAGUUGACCCAUUCUCUUGGCGGAGGCACUGGGUCAGGAUUGGGUACAUUGCUGCUGAGUAAAAUCCGUGAAGAAUUUCCAGAUAGGAUCAUGAAUACAUUCAGCGUUGUGCCAUCUCCUAAGGUGAGCGAAGUAGUCCUAGAGCCGUACAAUGCUACGUUGUCAGUACAUCAACUGGUAGAGAACACAGAUAUGACAUUCUGUAUCGAUAAUGAAGCUCUCUACAACAUAUGCUUCAGGACAUUACGACUUGCCAGCCCUAGCUACGGUGAUCUUAAUCAUUUGAUAUCGUUGACGAUGUCUGGAGUAACAACAUGUCUUCGUUUCCCCGGACAACUGAACGCUGAUCUGAGAAAGUUAGCUGUCAACAUGGUGCCAUUUCCCCGACUGCAUUUCUUUAUGCCUGGUUUUGCGCCGCUGACGGCUCGCAAUUCGUUCAACUAUCGCGCACAGACCGUGCCUGAACUUAUGAGUCAGAUGUUUAAUCCGGGUAAUAUGAUGACUGCAUCGGAUCCUCGACAUGGGCGUUAUCUGACCGUGGCCACGAUGUUUAGAGGACAAAUGUCGAUGAGAGAAGUUGAUGAUCAAAUAUUGGCGAUACAGAAUAAGAAUUCCAGUUAUUUCGUGGAAUGGAUCCCAAAUAAUUUGAAGGUAUCAGUAUGUGAUGUGCCGCCGCGAGGACUUAAAAUGUCCGCCACGUUCAUCGGCAACUCAACAGCAAUUCAAGAAAUAUUCAAACGUAUUUCAGAACAAUUCACAGCAAUGUUUAGAAGAAGGGCGUUCCUGCAUUGGUAUACUGGUGAAGGUAUGGACGAGAUGGAGUUCACAGAAGCGGCAAGCAACAUGGCCGAUCUUAUCUCUGAGUAUCAACAAUAUCAGGAUGCUCAAGUUGAUGAUGAAGAAAUCGAGUUUGAUGAAGAAGAAGAACAAUAUCGUGAUAUAUCACAGAUGGCGCGCUAAUAGCAUUUUUUUAAUUUAAAUAUAAUAUUGA